AUGCUUUUCUUCAGCUGGGUGGGUUAUGAGCAUGCCUCCUACCAGGGACAGCAGUUCGUGCUGGAGAGGGGAGAGUACCCCCAGUGUGAUGCUUUUGGAGGUAGCAAUGCCUAUCACAUUGAGAGAAUGACUUCCUUCAGGCCCAUUGCCUGUGCUAACCACAGAGAGUGUCGUAUGACUAUCUACGAGCGUGAGAACUUCAUGGGCCGUAAGGGUGAGCUUAGCGACGAUUAUCCCUCCCUCCAGGCCAUGGGCUGGUGCAACAAUGAAGUUGGCUCUUUCAGGAUCCAGUCUGGAGCAUUCGUGUGCUACCAGUACCCUGGUUAUCGUGGAUACCAGUAUAUCAUGGAGUGUGAUCGUCACUGUGGAGAGUACAAACACUUCAGGGAGUUUGGCUCCCACUGCCAGACCCCUCAGAUCCAGUCCAUCCGCCGUAUUCAGCAGUAACAACUUAUCCAAACCCUUUCUCCCAUGUGACCCUUCACCUUUGACCCUUGCUUCUUCCCAGUGCUGAAUAAACUGUCUUUCUUAAACCCUA